AUGGCUCCAAACACCAAAGCUACCGCUGCCAAGAAAGCCGCUUUAAAGGGUACCAACGCCUCCAAGGCUCUUAAAGUUAGAACCUCUACUACUUUCAGAUUACCAAAGACUUUAAAGUUAUCUAGAUCUCCAAAAUACGCCCGUAAGUCUGUCCCACACUACACCAGAUUAGAUGCUUACAAGAUCAUCCAAUCCCCAAUUGCUUCUGAAACCGCCAUGAAGAAGGUUGAAGAUGGUAACAUUUUAGUUUUCCAAGUUGAUUUAAAAGCCAACAAGCACCAAAUCAAGGCUGCUGUUAAGGAAUUAUAUAACGUUGAUGUCUUAUAUGUUAACACUUUAGUUAGACCAAAUGGUACUAAGAAGGCUUAUAUCAGAUUAACUGCUGAUCAUGAUGCUUUGGAUGUUGCUAACAGAAUCGGUUACAUCUAA